AUGCCAACAACCACGGUGAUGCUUGACAGAGUGACAGAGGAGCUGUCCCGCUCAAUGGCGGGCAAUGAACUGCCAGCAUGCAAAGCUCAAGGAGACGACAUAUCCACAGGCUCUAGAUGCUCUAGCUAUCUCACCUUAAGCCACUGUUCGGGUAACAUAGAAGCCAUUCAAGGGUUAGAUCGUCAGAUUGUGACUUCCCGCAUAGGCGAAUUCGAGGAAGAAUACCAGUACGAAGACUGCCAAAAUCCUUCAACGAUGCAGUUUCUGUCGCCCGCACGCUUGAAAUUCGGUAUAUAUGGAUUGACUCUCUGCAUCGUGCAAGACUCAAAAGAGGACUGGCACCACAACGCAGGGUUGAUAUCGAAAAUAUACGCUUCGGCAUAUUUGACAUUAGCGGCAACGGCAUCGCGCAACUCCACUGGAGGCCUCUUCCAAACACGCGUACGGGCUACGCUAUCUCCAGGUAUUGUGGAGGUGGAAGAGGGACAUCCCAAGUUUGCCCGUGGCCAGUACCGGUGCUAUGAUGACGUUGAGUGGCAUGCCAGCGUCGAUGCCGCACCGCUCAAUACGCGCGCUUGGGUCUUCCAGGAACGGCUUCUGUCACCCAGGAUUGUGCAUUUUGCAGAGAAUCAGCCGUAUUUUGAGUGCCAUGAGUUCCGGGCAUCGGAGCGAUUUGUGGAUAGUAUUCCAGAGAGGUUCUUGGUAUCGCCCCAUCGGAAUAUUCUGCCACGAAAGCUGGGUGAUCCUACCACAAAUAAGAUGCUCGCAAUCUGGCAUACAGUUGUUUCCGAAUACACUGCCCUGGCUUUGACGUACGAUUUCGACAAGAUGGCGGCCGUAUCCGCCAUUGCAACCCACCUCUCUUCCCUGAUAGAAGACGUUAAGCAUACCCAAACGAGGACCUAA